GUAGGUCGCGGUGCAUUCUGGGUCCUGGCAAUAUGGCGUCCUCCUUAGUGUGCUGAUGAGAGGAGUUUCACUGUACCUCCAAACCAGAGGGCAAAACUCCCCUGACCCAAUAAGCCCACAUUGUCCUUUUUCUCCGUGGUUCCGUGUCACCUGUUUCUCAGGACUCGUUCUCACGCAUCAGAGAGCCUCGGGGCUGAAGGCCAGGACCAGCCAGGCCGCGCGGACCUAAGGUUGAGGAACCGGGUGCGGGCGAGCACGAUGGGCCGGUCCUGGCUCUGGUUGCAGCAGCUCAGGCGAGUGCGGGACCCGCAGGGCUGAGAGUGGCUAGAGGAGACCCAAGGCCCUCUGAACCCGAUCCCUUGGCCGGAGACCUCAGCCCAGUCGGCCCAGUGGGCGAACCAGCACCAGGAGCGGCCUGCCUGUCCUCGGAUCUGCUGAGGCGUUGGAGGCCGAGAGCAGGGUCAUCGUGAGGCCUGAAGUCUCUCACGCUUUUGACAGCUCGGCUCGCAGCCCCUCUGGAAACGUACAGCCUCAGGAGCAGCCAGUGGCUUGGGACCUGGGGUGGUGUGUGUCUGCGGAGCUUCUUGGGCUGCCCCAUUUUCCAGCGGCCCCCUCCCCGCCUCCCGCUCAGAGUUAGAAAUAAGGAUCUCAGACUUUUUGCCUGAGUAAGGGUCUCCGCACUCUCCAUCCCUUUCUUUUUCGAUUCUCCGUUUUGCUGUUUCUUAUUUCACCAAUUCUGGUACACACUAGUUUUUAAGGCUGGAGGUUCUCGAGCGCUUACUGCCAAGGACUCCCCCACCCCCUCCCCCACUGAUGGAGUCCGAAAUGCUGCAGUCGCCUCUUCUGGGCCUGGGGGAGGAAGAUGAGGCUGAUCUUACAGACUGGAACCUACCUUUGGCUUUUAUGAAAAAGAGGCACUGUGAGAAAAUUGAAGGCUCCAAAUCCUUAGCUCAGAGCUGGAGGAUGAAGGAUCGGAUGAAGACCGUCAGUGUUGCCUUAGUUUUGUGCCUGAAUGUUGGUGUGGACCCUCCCGAUGUGGUGAAGACCACGCCCUGUGCACGCUUGGAAUGCUGGAUCGAUCCUCUGUCGAUGGGUCCUCAGAAGGCUCUGGAAACCAUCGGUGCAAAUCUACAGAAGCAGUAUGAAAACUGGCAGCCAAGGGCCCGGUACAAGCAGAGCCUUGACCCAACUGUGGAUGAAGUCAAGAAGCUCUGCACGUCCCUACGCCGAAACGCCAAGGAAGAGCGCGUCCUCUUUCACUACAACGGCCACGGGGUGCCCAGGCCCACAGUGAACGGGGAGGUCUGGGUCUUCAACAAGAACUACACGCAGUAUAUCCCUCUGUCCAUAUAUGACCUACAGACAUGGAUGGGCAGCCCGUCAAUCUUCGUGUACGACUGCUCCAAUGCUGGUUUGAUCGUCAAGUCCUUCAAGCAGUUCGCACUACAGCGGGAGCAGGAGCUGGAGGUAGCUGCAAUCAACCCGAAUCACCCUCUUGCUCAGAUGCCUUUGCCUCCGUCGAUGAAAAACUGCAUCCAGCUGGCAGCCUGCGAGGCCACGGAGCUGCUGCCCAUGAUCCCUGACCUCCCAGCUGACCUGUUCACCUCCUGCCUCACCACCCCCAUCAAGAUUGCCCUGCGCUGGUUUUGCAUGCAGAAAUGUGUCAGUCUGGUGCCUGGCGUCACACUGGAUUUGAUAGAAAAAAUCCCUGGCCGCCUGAAUGACAGGAGGACGCCCCUGGGCGAGCUGAACUGGAUCUUCACAGCCAUCACAGAUACCAUCGCGUGGAACGUGCUCCCCCGGGAUCUCUUCCAGAAGCUCUUCAGACAGGACUUGCUGGUGGCUAGUCUGUUUCGAAAUUUCUUACUGGCAGAAAGGAUCAUGAGGUCGUACAACUGCACUCCUGUCAGCAGCCCACGGCUGCCGCCCACGUACAUGCAUGCAAUGUGGCAAGCCUGGGACCUGGCUGUCGACAUCUGUCUGUCUCAGCUGCCUACUAUCAUCGAGGAGGGCACUGCGUUCAGGCACAGCCCGUUCUUCGCCGAGCAGCUGACCGCAUUCCAGGUGUGGCUCACUAUGGGCGUGGAGAACCGGAACCCACCCGAACAGCUGCCCAUCGUCCUGCAGGUGCUGUUAAGCCAAGUACACAGGCUGAGAGCACUGGACUUGCUGGGAAGAUUUCUGGACCUGGGUCCCUGGGCGGUGAGCCUGGCCUUGUCUGUCGGCAUCUUCCCCUACGUGCUGAAGCUGCUCCAGAGCUCGGCCCGAGAGCUGCGGCCACUUCUCGUGUUCAUCUGGGCCAAGAUCCUCGCAGUGGACAGUUCAUGCCAGGCGGACCUCGUGAAGGACAACGGCCACAAGUACUUCCUGUCGGUGCUGGCGGACCCAUACAUGCCAGCUGAACACAGGACCAUGACAGCCUUCAUCCUCGCCGUGAUCGUCAACAGCUACAACACGGGGCAGGAAGCCUGCCUCCAGGGAAACCUCAUCGCCAUCUGCCUGGAGCAGCUCAACGACCCUCACCCCCUGCUGCGCCAGUGGGUGGCCAUCUGCCUAGGCCGGAUCUGGCAGAACUUUGACUCGGCGAGGUGGUGCGGUGUAAGGGACAGCGCCCACGAGAAGCUCUACAGCCUCCUCUCCGACCCCAUUCCUGAGGUCCGCUGCGCAGCGGUCUUCGCCCUCGGCACAUUCGUGGGCAACUCUGCAGAGAGGACGGACCACUCCACCACCAUCGACCACAACGUGGCCAUGAUGCUGGCCCAGCUGGUCAGCGAUGGGAGCCCCAUGGUCCGGAAGGAGCUGGUGGUGGCUCUGAGUCAUCUCGUGGUUCAGUAUGAAAGCAACUUCUGCACCGUGGCCCUGCAGUUCAUAGAAGAGGAAAAGAACUACCCGUUGCCUUCUCCGGCGACCACAGAGGGUGGGAGUUUGACCCCCGUGCGAGACAGCCCGUGCACCCCCCGACUCCGUUCUGUGAGUUCCUACGGAAACAUCCGCGCUGUCGCCACAGCUAGGAGCCUCAACAAAUCUUUGCAGAACCUGAGCUUGACAGAGGAAUUCACGCCAUUAACCGUAAGACCAAAAGGAGGGUCCCAGGAUGACCCCGUUGACCCCACCAUGUCUCGGCCAGCCGGUGGCGCGGUCGCGUUCUCCCCUGGAAACCUCAGCACCAGCAGCAGUGCCAGCAGCACCCUGGGCAGCCCGGAAAACGAGGAGCACAUCCUGUCCUUCGAGACCAUCGACAAGAUGCGCCGUGCCAGCUCCUACUCCUCCCUCAACUCCCUCAUUGGCGUUUCCUUUAACAGUGUUUACACUCAGAUCUGGAGAGUGCUGCUGCACCUGGCUGCUGACCCCUAUCCGGAGGUCUCGGACCUGGCCAUGAAGGUGCUCAACAGCAUCGCUUACAAGGCCACCGUGAACACCCGGCCGCAGCGCAUCCUGGACACCUCCUCCCUCACGCAGUCGGCCCCCGCCAGCCCCACCAACAAGGGCGUGCACAUUCACCAAGCGGGGGGCUCCCCUCCGGCAUCCAGCACCAGCAGCUCCAGCCUGACCAGUGACGUGGCCAAGCAGCCGGUCAGCCGAGACCUGCCUUCCAGCCGGCCCAGCACCACAGCCCCCGGGGGGGCGCAGUACACCCCACACUCCCACCAGUUCCCCCGGACACGGAAGAUGUUCGACAAGGGCCCAGACCAGACUGCAGAUGACGCAGAUGAUGCUGCUGGACACAAAAGCUUCGUCUCCGCCGCAGUGCAGACAGGGUUCUGUGACUGGAGCGCCCGCUAUUUUGCCCAGCCUGUCAUGAAGAUCCCAGAGGAGCACGACCUGGAGAGUCAGAUCCGCAAGGAGCGGGAGUGGAGGUUCUUGCGGAACAGCCAUGUCAGGAGGCAGGCCCAGCAAGUCAUCCAGAAGGGCAUCACGAGAUUGGACGACCAGAUAUUUCUGAACAGGAACCCCGGCGUUCCCUCUGUGGUGAAAUUCCACCCCUUCACUCCAUGCAUCGCCGUAGCCGACAAGGAUAGCAUCUGCUUUUGGGACUGGGAGAAAGGGGAGAAGCUGGAUUAUUUCCACAAUGGGAACCCUCGGUACACAAGGGUCACUGCCAUGGAAUAUCUGAAUGGCCAGGACUGCUCGCUUCUGCUGACAGCCACGGAUGAUGGUGCCAUCAGGGUCUGGAAGAAUUUUGCUGAUUUGGAAAAGAACCCGGAGAUGGUGACCGCAUGGCAGGGGCUCUCCGACAUGCUGCCUACGACGCGAGGAGCCGGGAUGGUGGUGGACUGGGAGCAGGAGACUGGCCUCCUCAUGAGCUCGGGGGACGUGCGGAUCGUCCGGAUCUGGGACACAGACCGGGAGAUGAAGGUGCAGGACAUCCCCACGGGCGCAGACAGCUGUGUGACAAGUCUGUCCUGCGAUUCACACCGCUCACUCAUCGUGGCUGGCCUGGGUGACGGCUCCAUCCGUGUCUACGACAGAAGGAUGGCGCUCAGCGAAUGCCGCGUCAUGACAUACCGAGAGCACACGGCCUGGGUGGUUAAGGCCUCCCUGCAAAAGCGUCCCGACGGCCACAUCGUGAGCGUGAGUGUGAACGGAGAUGUGCGCAUCUUUGAUCCCCGGAUGCCCGAGUCUGUGAACGUGCUUCAGAUCGUGAAGGGGCUGACGGCCCUGGACAUCCACCCCCAGGCAGACCUGAUUGCGUGUGGCUCCGUCAAUCAGUUCACCGCCAUCUACAACGGGAAUGGAGAGCUAAUCAAUAACAUCAAGUACUACGACGGCUUCAUGGGCCAGCGGGUCGGCGCUAUCAGCUGCCUGGCCUUCCACCCACACUGGCCUCACCUGGCCGUGGGAAGCAACGACUACUACAUCUCCGUGUACUCGGUGGAGAAGCGUGUCAGAUAGCGGCGUGGCCCAGGCCUGCCAGGCCACGGCUGCCUGCUGUACAUAGUGAAGCUGCCACUCACCCGGGCAUGGGGCAUCGGCUGCCAAGGUCCCGCAGUGUGAACGUUGUGCCGCCAUAGCUGCUGGACAGCAGGAGGGCCCUGCCACUUGCUUAGCUGCUGAUGACGCAGGAGGGCCCUGCCACUCGCUUUCGUCUGUCUUCGCUGUCGUGUCUGGAUGUCAGGGAAGGGGAGGGCCAGGUUGACGGUGGCUUCCCACACAGCGCCAGCAUCCAGGUGUCCCCCACAGCCGCGGCGCCACCAUCCCUCUCCUGCUCUGUUUCUCUGAGACAUUGAAAGGGGAAACACCUCAUUUUAUUUCCAUGUGAUCAGAGCAUUAGCUGCAGAAAAACCCCCAGACAGAGGGAGCCCCAGCAGAGAGGCAGGUGUGGGGCUCCUAUGGGUCCCUGGGGCGACUGCCCCCAUCAGGCCAAGAGCUAGUGAGAGGUGGCACCCCAGACAGGCCCACCACCUCUCACGGUCAGUGCACGCAAGUGGGGGACAUUUCCUAGCCUGCUGGGGACACUGGAAAUUCGGGAAACCAAGGCAGGGGGAGAAGGAGAUGUCCCUCCAGCUGGCAGGUGUGAAGGAAGCUGCCCAGGGCUGGGGGUCCGGGCUGUCCUUGGCCACUGGCCACAUCACUGAGCAGGAGGAGCGCACCCCACCCCACCCCGCCACACCCCACACCUCCAGCUCUCUAGACUCCAGUUUGGGCCCCUCUCACACAGAUCUGUCAGCCGGGGGCUCUGGCCGUGCACUGGGGAGGCAGGUCCUUGGCGAUGUAGCCCCUGCCUUAAUCCACAGGGCUCCUUUCCCUCAAAGGGCUGCUCUUCCUCGUAGGUGCAGGGACAGUGGCUGGGCCUGUGGUCUCCAAGCCUGUGCCCACACACAGGCGUAGUACACGCAUGUGCAGGCACCACGGCCGGCACCUCGGGGCGUACACACAGGCAGAGGGUCUGCCUGCUGUGCCCUCGUAGUCCAUCACACGCAGGCGAGAGGCACUGCUGGGCCCCAGGCGGCUCUGGUGACACCAGCCCCGUCUCCAGCCCCCAGUUGUCCUUGCUGAUGCGACCUUGGCUCACAGCUGGGUGUGUAGUGCAGGCAAGCCCCGUGGUCCUUGCCUCCCCAUGUGUCAGGCUGUGGGGCAGUCCGUUAUUUUUCCAUGUUUGUCGGAAAUCAGGAUUAUUCAGAGGUAGAGGAGCCAGGUGGCUUGAUUCUGCCCACGACCGUGGGAGUGAGAGCUGGGCAGCGAGGCCCGGCUCCCUUGCACUGUGGCUGGCAUCCUGCUCUGGCCAAGAGCAUCUUCUGGAUGGAUGGCGCCCUGCCUGGCCACGCUGGGCCAGAGAAACACCUGGGCCUUGGAGGCCUGAGCUGGGGCUGGCAGGGACACAGGCGGCCCCUCUGCUGCUCCUUUUCAGAAUGCGAGCUCGCACCAGAAGGCUCCACCAUGAAUCCCAUCCCCACAUCCGGGUUGAAUGAGCAGCCUGGGUCCAAAAGGUGUAGAGAGCCCCGAUCCCACAAGUCCCAGCCUCGCUCAGCUCACAGGCCAUGCCAGGCGGCGACACCAGAACCUUCCAGAAGCCCAGCUCCACCUGCAGACACAGCUUCUGACCCAUCCUUCAACUCAGUUCUUACCUAACAUGCGUUUCUGUUUGUUUUGAGACAAAACCACCACCUGUCAAAGUGCAGGUGGCUCCAGAGGGGGCAAGGCCCUCCCACCCCCACUCCACCCCAGAGCCCACCCUCGGGCACCACGUGCCACCUGCACAUGGCUGUGUCUUCACAGGUCUGAUGCGAAAAUUCAAUCAUGACGUAGCCAAGGCUCGAGAGCGCACCGGCCUCACGGCUCAUUAUCUCUAUUUAUUUUACCAAAUGCAAAUUGAGAAAGACUUUGACGAAACCCAAAAUUGAAAUGUGAAGCAGUGACAGAAGUAAACUUCACACGCAGA